AUGGACGAUGAUUUUGAUCGGUUCCUGGAAGCCUCGAACGACGACGAAGAGAGCUUUCUGCAGCCGGCACGCAACGUGGCGAGCCGUGACGUUCCGUCUCGCUCUCCAGUGAGAGGAGGCAGCCCUUCAUACCGGGGAAGCGGAGAUGGCUAUGCAAGGAAGUAUGGAGGAGGAUAUCGCUCCAGCGAUCCACUUGCCAGCAUUGAUCUCAGCUCGUUACCAAUUCCAGAUCGGGUCGCUCCCAAAUCCAAAGGAAAGGCCGCUGCAGCCGGCGAGUCUCGAGGCCGUGCGGAGCCUUCCUCCUCCCCAACUGUACGCAGCGGGAUGCGCCAGUCCAGUGAACGAAGUGAACGAGGGAACAAGACGCCUUCGGCAAAGUCGGAGCCUUCGAAGACAAAGCCCUCUCCGACGCACUCAGAUUCAGAGAGCUCAGUGUCACAUGGGCACAGUGAGGGUGAUGCAACUGGCACAGGAGCCAUGGCAUCGAUAUUUGCCAACUUUAAAGCAGAAAUGGAGCAGCAACUGCGGGAGUCCGCAGAGGAGCAGAAACGACAGGAGGAGGAAAGAGAGCGGAAAAAAAUAGAAGAGGAAGAGAGGAGGAAAAAAGAAGCAGAGGAAGAGGAAAACAGGCUUAAGGAGCUAGAAGCUAGGAAGAAGCGCGAAGCUGAGGAAGCGGAGCGGAAGCAGCUAGAACUUGAGUUGCAGAGAAAAGAAGAGGAGAAUCGAAAGCGUGUAGCAGCGGAAGCGGAAGCGAGAAGACUGCAGGAGGAGAAAGAGGAGGAGGAGAAACAAAAGAAGCGCAAGGCUCAGGAGGCUCAGGAGGCUGCUGAAGCAGAGAGAAAGCAGCAGGAGCUGAGACAACGAGAAGCGAAGGAAGCAGAAAUCAGAGAGGAGCGAAAGAAGCGCGAGGAAGCAGCGGAAGCAAGACGGAAGCAGGAAGAAGAACAGAGGAUGAAGGAGAUUGAGGAGUCAGAGCGGAGAAUCAGGGAAGAAGCUGAGGCGAAGAAGGCAAGGGACGAAGAAGGAAGCGGAGACAUCCCGAAGCAGCAGCUUGACGCUCACCAUGUGAAGGAUGCACAGGAAGACGGGAAGGACACCACGAGUGAUGUGAAAGAAGAGCCCACAAAAGAUGACAGGGAAGACGUGAAAGAAGUACGACGUGACAUAGAAACAUACUCGCAUACCAAGACAGAGAUUUCGGAUGUGAGGCCCAAGGCCAGUGGGAGAUCACAGACCCAGGGAAGGUGCACGAAGCGAAAGGAGGACGAGCUUCACAGUGAAGAGGCUGCCUACCGACUGGUCUUGCUCUUCUCCUCGUUGCACGUUUGGUCUGAGCAGUGCAGAGGAAACCGUCGUGCAAGGAACAAUGUGCAGUCUGAUCGCACACGACAGAGCCAGGUGUGCCGCACAUUGGCAGAAACUGUUGCGGUCACGCUUGACCGGUCUUGGAUGCUCCAAGUUUUCGCUUGCUGGAGUCGGUUCUGCGCUAUCACAGCAAGUUCUGCGUUGGAUCAGGUGGCCAAGGACCAACUAGCUGUAGCAGCCCAGCAAGUUGCUGACUCGACGAGCAAAAACGCCAUGCUGCUGGAGCAGGUAGCUCAUCUACAGGAGGAGUUUGCGAAGGUAAGUCAAGAACGAGAUGUGCUUUCCGGGGACCUGGAAGCUGUGCUACACAAAGCUGGAGGCCAGCCGAACUUGCAGGAGGUGCCGGACAUGCACAGUCGUGGUGACACCGCGAGGCUUGAAGCAGAUCUUCAGCUUGCAGAGAAGAUGCUCCGUGCCUGUGAGAAAGAAAACGAGAACUUAGCGAAUCAGAAUCGUCAGCUUCGUCAAGGAGCUCGCUUAAGGCGUGAAGAAGUCGAUGGUCGGCAGUUACAACUUGUUGCUGAGUUGAAUGCAGCUAAAGCCAGUGCUGAUGUCAAUCCAGCAAGCAUGGCUCGACUUGCCGACCUGGAACGUGAACUUGCGGCAGUUAAGGAAAGAGCUGAUGAACAUGCAAAGGAGCUGGAGAGAUGUAGGGAGGCAAAGCGGCAACUGGAACGGGAAGUCAUAAGCGGCCCCUUGCCCAAAGCUCAAAGUGCAGAACUGGAGCAAGCCGAAGCAAGGCUUCUUCAGAGCCAGGGUGAAGUUUCCGAAUUGCAGGCCAAACUUGUUUUUUAUGCACAGGGUCAGCAAGAGAUGGAAGAGGACCGCCGGCAAGUCUUACGGCUUGGGGAGGAGCUGCGGGCGGCGUUAGGCGAGAAUGCGGAGCUUCGCAAGCGUCCUGCCAAAGAGGCUGGCAAAAAGAUUGCAGAACUUCGAAAGCAAAACGAGGAGUUGCACGAAUGCCUUCGCAAGCGUCAUCCAGACAGCCUGCUGGCACUCAUCAAAGCUUGCGAGCCGCCUCUUGAAGAGAAGCGCAAGCUUAGCGAGCUGAAAGGGCGUGUGGUGGAGUUGGAGGCUCAGCUCGCAGAACAAGAUGCGCUCUAUGAUCGCCGCAUCCGAGCACUCAGAGCACAAUACGAUCACAUGCGGCACGAGUACGAGCGACGGGCAUCCAUGAAUCGAGUGAUCGAGAUAGACGAGCCAAAGCCGCCAAAGCGUGCAGCACCAGACCGUGAAGCCGUUCUACAAGCCAGAAUCAAAGAUCUGGAGCGGCAGGUUGAACACACAAAGUCGUACUAUCUUAGCAAACUUCGCAAGAGAGAGCCGCUGGUUCCAUCUAAGGCUAGCAAGCCGGCUGCUCUGAAUAGUGGACAUGGACACCACGCUCACAGUGAGGCCCGACACCUCCAGCACAUCCAACAGCUGCAGAUGCAGCUGCAAGCACAUGAAGAUCGUAUAGAGGAAUUGCUCCAAGCAUCUGCUUCGCCGGCUUCGCCGCCUAUCCAAGCACAGCUGCCGGAUCUCUGCAAAGAUCCCGCUUGCUCAAAGACCUUCCUGCGGCUCUUCUUAGCUUCGCCGGAAGCAUUCGCUAUGUUGGCAUUUUGUGCAAUCCAGCGGUGGCUUGUGUAUGCAGCCAGACCGGCACAUCCUGGUCCUCACGAGGCACUGGUGAGCAUGACUAGUCCAUGUCCUGCAAUGCAGUCAUUCUUGGCCAUGGCGUCUGACAGGCCGUGCUGGCUCGCGCUGGUGUGCCUUGUGGUCUGCUGGAUUCGCCGGGAGCUGUACGAGAUACUUGGCAAGGACCUCAUGAAUUUGUUAUGCCGACAUCAACUGGGCUUCAGGAUGGAAAUUUCCUCGACGGGCAUGAGCAAAGAGACAGGUGUCAUGCGGCGGGAGGUUGGCGAUGCAGCUGUUCAUAGCGAUGCAAGUCUAGAAGAUGGGGACCUUUCUUCCGACGCAUCCAAAUACGCUGCUCGAUUUGGGGGCAAGGAGGUUCGCAAGCUUCGAGAUGACUGUACUGGGCUCAAAGAGGCCAAUGAAUGCACCAGCACAGAAGUGCAGCAGAGUGCUGCAGCUUGCGAGAGUCACAAGGCCCCGAAAGGAGCCGACUUCUACCGAUGCACGUGGAAGAAGUCUGAACCGAAUCACGGUGAUGAACCCGCGAUACCUGCAGAGUGCUUCUUAGACGAGAAGGCCGGGCCUUGCAGCACAUGGGGAGACAGUUCAUCUCCUGCGGAGUAG